AUGCGAAGCCGCAGGACUGCGGACAGACGCCUGUUUGGCGAUGCUCCCCGGACACUUCUUCGUGUGAGUCGUAAGCGCCAUUCUGAGUCAUCCAGUCUGUGUCUAGUGGUCCGAGUUUCGGUUCCGUUCACAAAUCGAGGUUUAAGUGCUUUGAAGCAGGGUGAACGGGAAGGAAGCAGCUUUACGGUGGCUCUAGCGCGCUUCGAUAGCCGACCACAACCCAUUUUCGCUGCGCGCAACACGCAGGACAGUGCGACGUGCGCAGUAUCCAUCGGAGCAGGAACAGACGUCCUUCCUGGAGCAGCCCAUUUGUCGGGCGAACGACUGCAUCCGGCUGUGUGA